AUCCCAAGUCCUUCCUGGGUGUCCCCUCUCCCCCUUUCUGGUCUUAACCUCUGGGGGUGGGGGGGGUGGGGGGGAUUCGGACCUCCUCCAACACAUCAUUUAUCACAGAAUCCAACAAGCCUCAGCUGAACUCUUCCCCUCCACUUUAAAAAAGGACCGCUAAGAGACCUGCUCCUAGGGGAUUGUGGAAUGCCCCCCCCCCCCCCCCCCCCGCAACCCCCACCCCCGCGCCACUACUCCCCAACUUCCCAGAUACUUCAUGAAACUUGACAUGCGUGUGGGGAUGAUUGCGUGAGUUGUGUCACGCUUUCCGAUUUUGGGUGCGUUAGAAUAGUUGCAGUCAGUCAGCGCAGAUCCGCUUGGAUUCCGAUGAGAGAGUGGACGGACUUGGGCAUGAACUUCUCAGCGGGGGGCUUUCUCGCCUCCUCGGACACUUACUGCCCAUCAGAGCAGCUGCAGUACUAUGACAUGUUGGCUGACCCUACGGGCUACCCACUGCCGGACCCUGACCUCCAGCUGCUCCCUUACAGCCCACAGCAGUACUACCCGGCUGGUGCGUCCUUCCCACUCUACGGCUCUCCGUCGUCGUCCACGUCCUCGUCUUCCUCGCAGCCCGGCCAUACGCUGUAUCAUUUUGACUCUGACUUCCUGGAGGGUCCCUGUGAUCCCAUUCCCACCGAGCCCCACUGUGGGGGCCUGCCUCAGGGCUUCGGGUUAACGGGCCUUUCUGCGGCACGGAGACCACGCAUGGGGUCCGCCGGGAAGAUCCGAGGUCAUGACGAGCUGUGUGUGGUGUGUGGAGACAAAGCGUCGGGGUAUCACUACAACGCUCUCACCUGCGAGGGAUGCAAAGGUUUCUUCCGGCGUAGCGUGACCAAAAAAGCUGUGUAUCACUGUAAGAGAGGCGGUGCCUGUGAGAUGGACAUGUACAUGCGGAGGAAAUGUCAAGACUGUCGCUUCAGGAAGUGUCACGCUGUGGGAAUGCUGGCUGAGUGCCUUCUGACAGAGGUUCAGUGUCAGUCCAAACGACUGAGGAAAGGAGGAAGAGGAAGAACACAGGAGGAAGAGGAGACUGAGGACAGCAAGCAAGUCAGCUCCACCAGCAGACUAAAUGGAAAGGUCGUUGCAUCCACCCUAAGCCGAGAACAGAAACACACUGUGGACAAGAUGGUGGAGGCUCAUCGAGUGUGUCGAGCCCAGUACAGCGACUGCUGCAGGAUGUUUGAUUGGCCAUGUGCAGAGGAAGGGGAGGAGCUUUUAGAUGUGACCUUGCCUCAACUGCAAAGCGUGCUGCAAUUUGCCAGGAUGGUGCCUGGUUUUGACUUGUUGGACUUGUCAGACCAGCGCUGCCUCUUGUCAGCAUCUUCACUGGACCUCAUGUUCCUGCUGUCCGCCCAGAACUUCGCCAAUAACCCGAGUGCAAAACCUGCUGCAGCACUGCAGCUUUUCAACACAUCAACGACCACCUGUUUGAGAUUUGUCGGCUCAAUGGACAGUUUCCAAAGACGCAGCGAGGAUCUCUUGAGCCCCGUGCUCAAAUUCUUUCAUAGCAUGGUGGCAUUGAAAGUGACCGAGACCGAGUACACCCUGCUUGGUGCCACCGCUCUGCUCUGCUCAGACAGUGCGUCGCUGUUGGCCGCCAGUUACGUGGAAAAAUUGCAGGAGCUGAUUUUGGACCUACUGUCUCGCAUGUGCGGGACCCAGGUUGGAGCGUCAGGAGGCGGACCGCGGAGGUUUGGUCGUCUUCUGGGUCGACUGACGGAGCUUCGGACCCUCCGUCACAACUACCUCCUCUUGACCCGACCCAACCACAGACCCUGAUUGGGGGUGGG